UCUUUUUUUCUACAUUUAUUUCAAUCUUGCUUUCUGUUUUUACAGAAGGGUAUGAAUACUGCAGACAAUUCUAGCCAGCCUCCAUAUCAACGCUGUUUGAUUACCGUCCUCCCUCAAGAACUUCAACUUCCAGCGAGAGACUUUGCCAAUCAUGUUGUCAUUCCCGUAAACGUCGUGUUGAUCACUGUGGCAACCCUUUGUAAUGGGUUUGUUGUCAUCACCGUUGCAAGAACCAAGUCUUUACAACGACCUUCGCUGCUGAUGCUGUGUAGUUUAGCAUUAACAGAUCUACUCUAUUCGUUUUAUUUCCUUUCAAGAUGUCUUGCGUUUUUGGCGGACGAGUUUUUUUGUCCAAAACUUCCAAGUGUUGAAACAAGCACGUUUUCCGCCCUCUGUCUCACAGCAACCCUUGGAACUUUGGCAGUCAUCAGCCAAGAUCGUUAUUUGGCAUUGAAUAAACCCUACUGGUAUCGCAAUCACGUGACCACCUCACGUGCAUUUUACUUGAUAUGUGGAACUUGGUUGGCUAGCGCCACUAUUUCAAUUUUGAUAUACUUCUCGAGAAAGUUUGUUCUCCCGAUUGCUAUUGCGCAAAUCUUUUUUCUUUUGUUUUGUGUUGUUUGUGUCUUAAUGAUUAUCUUUUCAUAUCUCGGCGUGUUUUGCAAAAGAAAAGCACCUGGGAAUGUAAUUCUUAUCCCCGCCAUAUUGAAAAGAGAAAAACAAAUGGCUAACACCGUUGCCGUUAUUCUUUUCCUGUUUUUAGUAACCUUUAUUCCUGGUACACUUCUAGCAUUAGUUCAUGCUUUUGCCCAAAAUGUAAAUGUGCAGGCUACUUUCCCUUUUUCUGGCUUUUUUCUGUUACUCAAUUCGCUUUUAAAUCCUUUACUGAACUUCGGACGGAGCAAAGAAAUGCGACGAGCACUCAGGAAUUUGUUAAGACGCCACCAAGAAGUACAGCCAUUAGCAAGGCCAAGUUUUCACACGGCGAGAGCAGAAAGAGAUGGCCUAUAAAAAAAACACGACAACAACAACUACUACAACAGCGACAGCAACAACAGCUGAAAAAACAACUAACAGUAACAUAG